AUGGCUAUGGGAGUUGUGCGUUCCGCGGUGCUGCUCCCGCACCGCGUCGGGAGCUGCCCGACGACAUUGGCGUCGCUGAUGCCAACCCUCCCCGGCCUUCGCAAGACCUCGACGACACCACCAGUCCUACAACAUCCUCUCCUGUCACAGAUUAGAAGCUUCAGCUCCAAGCCCGUUCAAUCAUUAUCUGCAGCGUGUUCUGUUGCCACCCAUCGAUUGGCGCAACAACGACCUGUCCCAUCCUCUCAAAGGCCUCAACUAUCCGGACCGAUCGCGAUCUUGCGCUAUUCUUCGAACGGGUUUUCUAAGCGACAAGACUCUCAUCCUGCGGCGCCAACUCAGGCUACGCGUGAGGGAGAUAACGUCGUGAAGCAGACCGAACCGCAGUCGCGAGACCUCGAACAACCUGAUGACUUCCAAAAGAGCGAGAGGGCUGCUAAGGCUGCCCAGGUCAACCUCAGUGCGAAGCUGUCAAAGGAAGGCAAGUCGCAAGGCGGCAAGGCCGGAUUUUCUGAGAUUUGGAGAUUGAUCAAAAUCGCGCGGCCAGAGCUGCGGUGGCUGGGAAUCGCCAUGGUUUUCCUCGUCAUCUCGUCCAGCGUCACCAUGUCUAUUCCGUUCUCCGUCGGCAGAAUCCUCGACAUGGCCACCAAGGACCCCGCCGAGGACGCGCGCCUGUUUGGCCUGACCAUGCCGCAGUUCUUCACAGCCUUGGGUGUCAUCUUGACCGUCGGAGCCAUGGCUAACUUUGGACGCGUAAUUCUUCUGCGUAUCGUUGGCGAAAGGGUUGUCGCCCGUCUGCGAUCGUCCCUCUAUCGACGAACAUACGUACAGGACGCCGAAUUUUUCGACGCGAACCGAGUUGGAGACCUUAUAUCGCGACUCAGCUCCGAUACUGUCAUCGUUGGCAAGUCCAUCACCCAGAACAUCAGCGACGGUCUACGGGCUCUUUUUAGUGGAGGGGCCGGCUUCUGUGUCAUGGUCUGGCUGAGUCCGAAGUUGACUGGACUUCUCCUCGUCAUGCUGCCGCCUGUUGCAGUUGGAGCCUUCUUUUACGGACGCGCAAUCAGAAAUGUGAGCAAGGGAAUUCAGAAGAACCUGGGUACCUUGACGAAGAUUGCCGAAGAACGCCUCGGCAACGUGAAAACAAGCCAGGCGUUCGUGGGAGAGGUCCAGGAGGUCGGUCGCUACAAUCACCAAGUCAAGAAGAUUUUUGCUUUGGGUAAGAAGGAAUCAACGAUUGCUGCCACUUUCUUCGCCUCAACGGGCUGGGCUGGUAACAUGACCAUCCUCGCCAUGCUCGUUGUCGGCGGCAACUUUGUCCGCGACGGCGCCAUGACGCUAGGAGAUCUGACAUCUUUCAUGAUGUACACGGCUUUCGCAGGAUCUAGUCUUUUCGGUCUCUCGUCCUUCUACUCGGAGCUGAUGAAGGGAGUCGGUGCUGCCAGCCGCUUGUUCGAGUUGCAAGACCGAAAGCCCGGCAUCUCACAAACAGUCGGUUUCAAAGUGAAGUCGGCACAGGGCCCGAUUCGGUUCUCAAACGUUUCAUUCGCCUACCCUACGCGACCGGCUGUCAACAUUUUCAACGAUUUGAAUUUUGAGAUUCCUUCGGGCAGCAACGUCUGUGUUGUCGGACCCUCCGGCGGUGGUAAAUCGACCGUUGCCGGUCUGCUGUUGCGAUUCUACAAUCCAAUCUCUGGCUCUAUUACGAUCAACGGCGUCGAUAUUUCCAAGAUGAAUGUCAAGUCACUGCGGCGGCGCAUUGGUAUGGUCGCGCAAGAGCCGGUUUUGUUCUCCGGGUCGAUUGCUGAAAACAUAUCAUACGGCAAGCCCAAUGCUAGCCGAGCUGAAAUCGUCGCGGCCGCGCGAAAGGCCAACUGCAACUUUAUCAGUGACCUUCCAUCUGGUUUGGACACGCAGGUUGGAGCCAGAGGCUCGCAGCUGUCGGGAGGUCAGAAGCAGCGAAUCGCCAUCGCACGAGCGUUGAUCAAGGAUCCCGAUAUUCUCAUCCUCGAUGAGGCGACCUCGGCCUUGGACGCCGAGUCUGAGACGCUCGUCAACGCCGCACUUGCCUCGCUUCUCAGGGGCAAAAACACGACCAUCUCCAUCGCACACCGACUGUCGACUAUCAAGCGCUCUGACCUGAUUAUUGUCCUUUCCAACAAUGGCGGAGUUGCUGAGAUUGGCAAAUACACGGAGCUGUCGGCCGAUAAGGACAGCGCGUUUAGCAAGCUCAUGGAGUGGCAAAUGAGCGGCGGCGACGUUCCCGACCCACGCUCUAGCGAUAGGGCUCACAUUACAGAAGAAGAAGAAAUCGAAUCCGACCUUGAGGGGGAGGAAGGUGAAGAGGAGGCCGAGGAGCAGCCGCAGGAGGAGAUUAGGGAGAAGGAGACACGGCGAUGA